AUGGUCAACCGCACCCCGCGCACCCCCAUCACCCCGCAAGAGACGGCCGACCGCCUCGCGAUCCGCGAGUUGUUCGACGCGUACGCGCACUGCGCGGACCGGCGCGACGCCAAGGGGCAGCAGAGCCUCUUCACGACCAACACCAAGUUCUCAGUCUUCAUGGCGGGACCGGGCAGCGAGCCGUCGUACGUGCUCACUGGGGCCGAGAGCCUCGCGCCUGUCUUUGCGGACUUGAACAAGUACGACGCGACGACGCACUUCAACGGGCAGCAGACGGUCACUUUUACGGCCGAGGGCAAGGCCACGGGCGAGAGCUAUACCAUCGCGCACCACCUGUACAAGGAGGGCGGGAAGCGCAAGAUCAUGGUCGCGAGCCUUAGGUAUCUUGAUGUCUUUGAGAAGGUUGGCGACCUGUGGUUCUUUGCCGAGCGGGAACUCGUGCUCGACUGGGCAGAGGUGCGCGACUGUGCCGCCGAGUAA